UGAAGUACUUAUUCUUGAUAAGGAUAUAGGGAGAAGUCCUGAACGCAAACAUUUCAGUCUCUCUGAUCCUGGCAAAACCGUCUGUGCAACUAGAAAACAUGCAGAAGACUGGAGUAACUUCCCUCUGGGUCCUUCUAUUCGCAGCCACCGCAAGCGGAAUGGCGAGUAACUUCAAACACUUCAAAUGUCCUGAACCGGAUGGAGUUUUUUCUGACCCUGAAUCAUGUGAUCACUUCUACUAUUGCUUUGGCGGAAUAUCUACCUACAAAGAAUGCGCUGAUGGUUUUUGGUUCAACAACAAAAUCAAUCGAUGUGACGUCCCCGGCGACUUUUGCACGGCUCUUAAGAAGCACCCCGAAAUGAAACAGGAAACUGAUUGGACAGAAACUGACUCAAUAACCGAACAAACCACAGUACCCGAAGAAACCACAGUACCCGAAGAAACCACAGUAUCCGAAGAUACCACGACUGGAUCCACGGCGCCGACUCCUGCCGAUUGGUUCCAAUGCCUUCAAGAUGGAUUUUACCCAAAUCCCUACGACUGUCAUAGCUACAUCUUGUGCUCCGGGGGAAACGCCUGGGUGCAAUACUGUCCAGCCAAUCUCGUCUGGGAUCCGAACGAGCAACUUUGUCUGCCAGAAGAUGAGGAUACUCCCUGUAUAGAAAGCACAGCGAGUCCGACAAUUGGACCCACGGAGGAGCCACCUACUCCCGAUCCAAACUUUCAAUGUCCAGAUGAUGGACUAUUUCCAUACCCACAAGAUUGCCAUUUUUACUACCAGUGCUCGAAUGGCUUCUCUUCCUUGAAAUGGUGCGGCGCUAACCUCGUAUUCGACCCAGUGGACAUGAUUUGCGAUUACUUGGAGAAUGUUGAUCCGGACACCUUGGAUUGCACUAUGUUCGUGGAGGAGGAAGAAACAGGCAAGGGCAAAAAGGACGCGAGACUAUCACUGAAAUUCGUACAGGAAAUCUUCCAAGAAAUGUAUGAGACGAAGCAGAGAGAAGCUCUGAGAUUGAACCAGCCUCUGAGUCAAAUCCACAUCCCUCACUUUGUUCAGUCGCAUUACCGAGCUUCGAAGAAAAUCCCGCCCAGCGUUUGGAGGGGGGCACGAAAUCCGAAGGCCUAACUUUGGAUUGUGUUUUUUUCUCAAUUAACUGGCCUGUAUUCAAUAUUAAAAAUAUAUGUUCUCGACGUUUCCUCUCUCUACUCGAGCAAGAAACCCACAGUGUGUCCAUUAUUCCAUCGGACAAUGAUAUAUAAUGAUAUUAGAGAUUAAUUUAAUACACUCUAGAGGAGUAU